UUGAGUAAUAUUUUGAUUAAUGGAGAUCGAGUCGGUUAAGUGCGAAUGUUGUGGACUGAAGGAAGACUGCACCCAAGAUUACAUAACACAAGUCAAGAACAAAUUCGACGGCAAAUGGCUUUGUGGGUUGUGUUCAGAAGCCGUUACAGAUGAAGUAUUAUUACUCAUCAAAUCAACUAGUAAUUAUAAGAUCACUGCUACACCUUCGCCGGCGCCGGCGCCACCGCCCUUGGCCAUCGGAGAGGCUGUGAAGGCACAUAUGUCGUUUUGCCGUAAAUUUAAAUCUAAUCCAGCCACUCGAGUAGCAGACGCCAUGCUCCAGAUGCUCAGGAGGAGGAGAUCCGCCGCCGCCGCCACCGCUGUCACCGCCGCCGCCACAACAUCAUCCAUUGAUUCUCAUGUAGGUCUCGAUCAUCAUCAUCAUUAGUAAUUAAUUAAUCAAGAAGAGAUCUAUCUAAUUAUAU